AAAUAUUUUUAUAAUACUCAAAUUCAAAAUGACUAUUGAGUUUCGAGGUUUUGAAAAGAAUUCUUCAGAUGAAAGCGGCAGUGACUCUAGCGAAGAUUAUGCUACGGAUGAUGAUAACGAUAGCACUGGCAACAAUGACCAAGACAUGAGUGGUAAUGAAGCUUGUGAGCUGGAAACACAAGAAGUGGAAGAUGAUGAUGAUGAUGAGGAGGAUGAAGUGGUUAAGGCGAUAAAAGCUGAGAAAAAUAAACCACGAGAUCAUCCUCCUACCAUAACUUCUGAGGACUUCAUUGUAGACAUUUCAUUUAAUCCUGCAAAAAAUUUGAUUGCUCUAGCCAAUAUUAUGGGAGAUGUCUUAUUGUAUGAGUACAAUGAUGAUGAAACAAAACUUGUUAAUACGUUGGAAUUGCAUCUGAAAGCAUGCAGAGAUGUAGAAUUUGAUUCUGAAGGUACAACUAUGUACACCACUGCAAAAGACAAGGCUAUAAUGGUAACAGAUGUUGAAACGGGGAAAUUAAAGAAAAACUAUGAAAAUGUACAUGAUGAACCUGUCUAUUCUAUGCUAUGUUUAGACAAUAACAAAAUUGUAACAGGGGAUGAUGGAGGUACUGUCAAACUUUGGGACAUGAGAAAGCCUGAUCCCAUAUUUAGUAUAAAAAUUGGUGAGGAACAUGUAGCAGACAUGAUCACCACUGAUGCACGGAAACAUUUGGUGUGUGCCGGUGGAGACGGUGUAUUGACAUCUAUUGAUCUAAAAGGAAGCAAAAUUUACUCAACAUCUGAAGAUUAUGAUUCAGAGCUAACAUGCAUGGGACUGUUUCGUUCAGACACAAAGCUGCUAGUGGGCUCUUCUAAAGGAAAAAUGUAUUUGUUUAACUGGAAGGAGUUUGGCUUGCACAGUGAUGAGUAUAUUGGUCAAAAGCACUCAAUAUCUUGUAUGAUACCUAUUACUCAAAACAUUGUAGUGACCUCUGGUGAAGAUGGAGUACUAAGAGCAGCGCAUAUGUUUCCUCAGAGACAAUUAGGCAUUGUAGGGCAGCAUCGCCUACCUGUAGAGUGCUUAGACAUAAGUCAUGACGGCUGCUAUAUAGCUUCAUGCUCACAUGACAAUGAUGUCAAGUUUUGGAAUAUUUCAUACUUUGAAACUAUUGACUCCAUUAUUGAUGUUAGUCAGAAACAGAACAAGAAAAAAGACAUGAGUAAUAAUUUGCCGUCUAGUAGUGUUAAAAAUGCAUCUGAUUUUUUCUCUGGACUAGCCUAAUAUGAUAAGAAGUAAGAAUAUAAAUUAU